CUUUGUUCAUCAAAAUGAGUUUAUUACGACGUCCUUCUUAGAACUUGACUUACCGACAGUUGCUUACUUUUUAAACUUCCUGUCAUCUACUGCUUCUGCUAGUUUUCGAGUGUAAACAAACCCACGUGGCUGAGGGACUCUGACGAUUUGGACGGAUUGGUAUGCUGUAGUUAUAUUGGGAGCGUGAGUGUGCUGUGUGGGCGUGCUUAUAUUUUGGUGAUUGGUCUCGACUCUCGUUUCCAUCAAAGCAAACCCUUAAAGAUGACCGGGAGGCAAGGCGGUCGUCCACCCGCUUCUAUACGAAGUGCUUUUGAGCAGAAGUCUGUGGAUGGACGGAUGUGCAUGAUCUGCCCGUCCUGCGGCAGGGCGAUAUCUGAUCGGCCCAAACGCCUGUCCAUGCACUAUGAUAACUGCCCAGCCCUGAAGCGUUCGAGGACCAGUAAUGACGGAACAGACACCGAGAGUGAUGACGUAAGCAUCGCGUCCGAUCAACAAUCCCUGCCUGGACCGUCGGGAUCCACAUCUAGAUCCAGGCCGCGCCAACAGCACAUCACCAACUGGACAUUCCGUACGAGCGACCGACUCAAGGAAGAACUGGAUCUCAAGGUAGCAAAGUUUUUCUAUUCCAAAAACAUCAGUUUUAACACCAGCGAGUCUGCUCACUUCAAAGAUCUCGUGAGCAGUCUGCGACCAGGCUAUGAUCCUCCCAACCGCAAGGCCAUCGCGGGACGUCUGCUGGACCAGACCUACGACAAGAUGAAGGCCGAAAUGAGGGAGGCUUUGGCAAAGACGUCUGAGGUCACGCUGGUGCAAGACGGUUGGAGCGAUGUGUCCAACUCGCCUGUUAUCGCUCACACGAUCCACGCGCCCGGCGGUGGGACGUUUUUCUUGAACUCGAAGUGGGUGGAGGACAUGCCGAAAACCGCAGAAAACUGUGCACUGCUGGCCGAGGAAGCUAUUGAAGAAGCGCGGUCGCAGUACGGCGUAAAAGUGACGGGUCUCGUGACGGACAAUGCCAAGAACAUGCAGAACAUGAGAAGGAUAAUAAACCAACGACACCCCGAAAUAGCCGUUUGGGGCUGCGCCUCUCAUCUUCUGAACCUGGUGGGCAGUGCAGUGACGCCCUCGGACAUCAUGAAGUACGUGGUCGCGGUUCACAAGUGGUACCGAAACCAUCACAACGCUGGAGCCUGGCUGGCGCAGAAGGAGGGCACGGUGCGACCGCAGCUCCCCGCAGAAACUCGAUGGAAUUCUCAGGUGGACACGCUGAAGAGCUUCAUCAGGAAUCGGCAGGCUUACGUGGCCAUCAGCGCCGAACACGAGCCUGAGAUGGACGAGACGGUCACCCAGCGUGUCAACUCCCUCGGCCUGUACCGCAGCAUACAGGAUCUCGUCUGCCAGCUGGAGCCCAUAGCUGAAGGAGUGGAUCGGCUGCAGUCGGAUUCGGCGACUCUCGCCGACACCGUGGCGGUUUUCCAAGACCUGCUGGACAACCAAGCCCUGGCGCCGCACCACGCGACACUUGAGCGCCGGAAGUCGCAGGCAGUCACGUCACUGCACCUCGCGGCGUACCUCGUCCACCCCAGGUAUAUGGGCCAGAAUCUCACUACCGAGGAGUUCGAUGAGGCCAUGGCGCAGUUCAAGGAGGACCUUCACCCACAGAUAACUAAGUUUCAUGGCCAGCUGCCACCUUUCCCAAGCAGCUUCUUUUCGGCUGGGAUGAAGCAGCUGCCUCCAACGGAGUGGUGGUGCGGGGCUGCCCAAAGGCCUGGGGUGAGCAAGGAGCUGGGAGAUGCAGCAAUGAGCCUCCUCUCAAAGCCGCCGUCCUCCGCGUCCAUAGAGAGAACUUUCAGUAGCUUUGGACUUGUCCAGACCAAGCUGCGAAACCGUCUUGGGCACGCAACCGCGGAGAAGCUCGUCUUCUGCUACCGGAUGCUCCAGGGAACUGCAGCAGAGGACGAUGACGAGUGAAGUCCAAGGGGAGGGGAGCUGAGGGGGCGGGGUCAAGCUCAUACCAUUCCUGACAGUCCUGAGAGUCAUGCUUUUCAGUUAUCUGUGUAUGUUUUGUGAGAGUGGCUUGCCAGGUGCAAGACAGACCAGAAGUCCGAGCGUUGGACUUAACCAUUUCACCGUUCGUUAAACUGGGCUGUUGCCCUGUUCCCGGAUUUCCGAAGAGGAAUCCAAGUAUUGAAUAGUGUUUGCUAUUAUGUUUCAGGCGUGCUCAUUUGCCUGUAUGCUUUUUCUGAUUGUGUUUUGUGUUCCAGUGGAGUGAGUAACGCAGAAAAGUGGAACAAACUUGAUAAUACAAUUUUAGAAGCAA